CAAGAUGUUAUCCGUACCCACCUCAUCCAACAACAUAGCCCCCAUCCGAUAUUUAAGAGCAUCACUUCUCCCGAUCAGCGAAAUCGACCCGGGGAAAAGAAAAAAACUACAGUAUCUCGAAUACAGGCUCACUGGAAGGGCUUUUCGUUUAAAAAGAAAAGGGUUGAAAGCUUCUUUCCCACGAAACAUACAACACCGUUCAGCUUGACUUCUCGAUUUCUCGGAAAAUUGAUUUGACGAGAGAAAAAAGAAAACCAUACUCGAACCUGUCAGCCCAACGUUCGGUUUCAGUUGAGCUCAGUUCAGCUUGGAUAUGGCCGCAUCAUCAUCAUCACAAGCACCCACAUCGGCUUCAAUACCUACCAAGGACACCACAGGAAUGGCAGACUUUGUGCUCUUUGAUGAUGACCCUUUAUAUCAGGAGUACCGACCGCGCUACGACAAUGGAGGAUUCCCUCAGUCGGGUGUAGAUUCUUACGUCGCUAUGCUGGAACAACCGAGUGAGGAUCAUCAACCAAAGUUAUACAUGGCCGGGCUACAGCCCGGCUCGACCUCCUUCGAGACCUACCCUCCAUACGCCUACGAUGAGGUACCAUUGACCAUGGGGUACGAGCCCGGACCAGCUCCAGGCGUGUUGAUUCACCCUCCCACCCUACCAUACUCACCUCACGGCAACAUCACAGCGAGCCUGGAGUACCGAACACCUAUUUCCCCGGCUACUUCGGCUGGCGGACCGGAAGGCAGCAGUGCUGGCUCGGAGGCUGGGAGCACAGGAAGCCCAUACCCACAGCAAAUUGACGACCCGUUCAGUUCGGUGUAUGUCGAUAUAGAUCCAUCAUUAAUCAUGCCCUCACCGUCGCAACAAUUCGAAGACCCUUGUUCGGCCGCGUCAUCGCGAGGUUCGCCGAGUUGGCACAGUGCACACUCACCUCCUCCUACCUCGAAUCCUUCGUCGCCAGAAUUGGGAAAGCGGAGUGGGGGAAGGUUGUCGCCCUUGAGGCAGUACAGGACAGCACCAUACCCGAGCCGGAGAUUGAGCGUUACUUCACAGAGCUCUUCUCGCAGCUAUGGUUCGCCCAGUGGGCCGUCGGAAUUGGAGGAUAUGUAUCCAGCGGCACCCGGUGACAUACCGCGAAGAGCUCCAAGUAGCAAUGGAAGUGGAACGGGGAAGGAUACUCUUUGCCCGGAGUGCAAGAAGUCGUUUAGGGAUCUCAAGGCACAUCAACUCACACAUCAACUUGAAAGGCCAGUUAAGUGCCCCAUAGCGACAUGCGAAUACAGCAAGAAGGGAUUUGCAAGGAAAUACGAUUGUCAACGCCAUACAUUGACCCACUACAAAGGCACCAUGGUCUGUGGCUUUUGCCCGGGCAGUGGAUCAGCAGCAGAGAAGUCCUUCAACAGAGCCGACGUAUUCAAGCGCCAUUUGAUGUCGGUCCACAAUGUAGAGCAGACCCCACCCAACUCUCGUAAGCGUCCUCCAACAAAGACAUCACCAGCCGAGGACCGCUAUGCCGGAGCUUACGUUACUGGAAAGUGCUCGACCUGUUCAAUCACCUUCGCCACGGCCCAGCAGUUUUACGAGCAUCUCGACGAAUGCGUGCUAUCCAAGGUUGUUCAAGAGGAACCCGCAGCAGCAUUCAACGAGAUGAACCUGGACAGCGUAAAGCUCUCCGACAUGGACCCCCCAUCAUCAAACCCCGCAGACCCCACCUCCUCUGAUAGUGAAGACGAGGAUGAGGAUGAGAAAGACACAACCUUCAAUCCGGCAACCAACAAAUCAGCCGCCAAGAUCCGCAUAAAAAAGGGAACUAUCAAGCACUCCGGCUCCGGCGCCGGGAGCACGCAGAGUGCCAAAACAAAGACCAUUCGCCGCAAGCGCAAGAAUUUUCCGGCAGGGUGGGGAUGUCAGCCUGAGCAGAUGGUCACGAAGAGACGCUGCCUGAUGGUAUUCGAUGGACCAAAGUUACUCUGCAGAGACGAGAUGAUGAUGUCAAACGAGUGGGAAGUGCGUGCUCAGUUGGGCGGUAGCGGUGGCAGCGAUGCUUACAUUUCCGAUCUGGACUUUUGGACGCUGCGCCGGGCGGAGGCUUUCUUGGAUGCUGCACCCAGUAGGAAUCCGCAGGGGGCUGCCGUCGGAGAGGUUAGGUAGUCCCUUCUGUGGACAACUUCGUGGAAGUGGGGAGGGGAACUGGUGUGUCCAUGGCGGGUGCAUUGGUAUAGCGGGCGGAGUUCCGCUACAUUUUAUCCCUUCCUUCCUUCCAUCCUAUCGAUACCUUUUACAUUCUUGACUUGUAUUCUAGCUAUCUCCUCCUUUCUUUUAUUAUUUCUACUUCUCCAUCUAGUUUUAGUAUUUACUAUCUUUCUGUCUGUCGCGAUUCGGGGCAUUGGGGGUUUCCUUUUUUUCUUUUUCCUUUCCUUCCGUCACUGUAGCACGCAGGAGAAGGCAGGGGCCGCCUGGAUGGCCAUGGGCUUUUCUUUUUCUUAUUUAUUCCCUUGACGAGGUUAUGCUUUAUGCAUGUUAUGCUAUCGAUUGAUUGAAUGUUAUGGGAAUUAUCAUCA